AAAGCAUGUUUUAUAUUCAAUAGCAUACAGUAUAAGGGACGAAGAUACUCUUAUACCCAUACCUAAGGGAUUAUAUUAGUAUUAUCCUCUCCAAAACGACUCGUACAACCAUCUUCUGAAUGGAAAUAACUAACUUAAGGAAAUACCCAUCAUCUUUGUAUCAAACUUUUGUAAAUUUGUUAUGUCUAUUUAGUAUGUGAUUCAGUGAUUACGAAUCAAAAUUUUACUAAUUGAACUUUCUUCUUCGUUCUAGGCAUUUCACGUGUAUCACAUGUCAUGUCUUGUCAGCUGGAUAUUACUUUGGGAGUGUGAAAAGCAUGACAAGGAGGGGCUACAUCCAAUCUUCUGCCCACAAUGUCAAGGAACGGGCGACGGUGCUGUCUACGAUUUGAAUGUAUUUGCUAUGGUUGAAAGGCCUACUCAGGAAACCUUGUAUGAGAUGCGCCAAUACAAGCUGAAACUCCAAAAUGCUUAUGAUGCGUGGUGGGAGAGUCCUGAAAUUGUGGCUAAACCCUCCAUAGGAUUGCGCUUUCCUGAGCAUGAUUCACCACCACCACAACAGGGACCAGUUUCUCCACUUUGCUCUAUCAAGAUUUAUAAGGCUAGUGCAUAGGUUUUAUAAAGCAUGCAAAUAUAUCUAGGUCCGGUUCAUUCCCAAAAUAGGACACUUUUGGUCCUUUUGUCUUUACUGCUUUUCGUACUCAAGUCAACAUGCAAUUCUCAAAAAUAGGACACUUUUGGUCCUUUUGUCUUUAAUGCUUUUCGUACUCAACAU